CUACAACUGCAAUAUCACAAUAUGUGUGCCAUUUUUUCAGAAAAAUUGGAGAAUAAAAUACAAAGGUAAAUCAAGAAUACGCAAGGCGAGUGAGAAGCAAACCAGGCUCCUCCACGCCCGAGGAAAUAGGCGCGUUGGCGGACUGCGGCUAGUUAUCUGAGCUGAGUGUGAACUACCUCGAAACCGUCACGACGGAGCUCAAGUCCGCGCAGGUGAUGACCGCAGCUCUUGUGGAGCAUGUGAACAGUCUUCUCAGUGGUGUGGUGACGAAUCAGGAGACGUGUCUCGAAGGACUAGUGGAGGCGAAGAGUGGAUUCGCCGCCGCGAUAGGAUCGCCGAUGGGGAAUCUCACGCGUCUUUACGGUAUCUCGCUGGGGCUUGUGAGCCACGCGCUUAACCGUAACCUUAAGAGGUCGUUUAAAGCCUCUAAAGGAAAGAUUCUUGGUGGUGGGAACUCAACCUAUCGCGAGCCGCUCGAGACUUUGAUUAAGGGUUUACGUAAAACAUGCGACAACGACAAAGACUGUCGGAAAGCUAGCCGGAAAUUAGGGGAGCUAGGUCAGACGAGUGGCGGUUCCAUCCUCGUGAGCAAAGCAGUAAUUGUCGGUCGGUACAAAUCCGACAACUUUACGACGAUCACUCAAGCUAUUGCAGCUGCACCUAAUAACACUAGACCAGAGGAUGGUUACUUUGUUAUCUACGCAAGAGAAGGUGUUUACGAAGAAUAUAUUGUUGUUGAGAUGAACAAAAAGAACUUAAUGCUUAUCGGAGAUGGGAUCAAUAAGACAAUUAUUACUGGGAACCAUAACGUUAUCGACGGUUGGACUACGUAUAAUAGCUCAAGCUUUGCUGUAAUUGGAGAGCGGUUCAUGGCGGUUGAUGUUACACUCAGAAACACAGCCGGACCUGAAAAACAUCAGGCUGUGGCUUUGAGGAACAACGCAGAAAGUUCAAGCUUUUAUCGGUGUAGUUUUGAAGGCUAUCGAGAUACUCUCUACGUCCAUUCUAUGAGACAAUUCUAUCGCGAAUGCGAUAUCUAUGGUACCGUCGAUUUUAUAUUCGGGAACGCAGCCGCAAUUUUUCAAGACUGUAACAUAUAUGCUAGAAAACCAAUGGCAAAGCAAAAGAACGCUAUAACAGCCCAUGGAAGAGUUGAUCCAAACCAGAACACCGGAAUCUCUAUCAUCAAUUGUACGAUAAAAGCCGCCCCGGAUCUUGCAGCUGAACCUAAUUCUGCCAUGACAUUCUUAGGUAGACCAUGGAAGCCAUACGCAAGGACGGUUUUCAUGCAAUCAUAUAUCAGUGACAUUGUCCAACCAGUCGGAUGGCUCGAAUGGAACGGUACAACUGGAUUAGACACAAUCUACUACGGUGAGUACAGUAACUUUGGACCAGGGGCAAACACGAACCAGAGAGUGCAGUGGUUAGGGUACAGUAUAUUGAACUUGGCAGAAGCCAUGAACUUCACGGUCUACAACUUUACCAUGGGAGAUACAUGCUGGUUGCCUCAAACCGAUAUUCCUUUCUAUGGUGGCUUGCUACACACAGAAUGAAAAGAACACCGUAUU